GUUGUUGGAUGUUGCUCCAUUGUCAUUAGGUAUUGAGACUGCUGGUGGUAUCAUGACCAAAUUGAUUCCAAGAAAUGCUACUAUCCCAACCAAGAAGUCAGAAACUUUCUCCACUUAUGCUGAUAACCAACCAGGUGUUUUGAUUCAAGUAUUUGAAGGUGAAAGAGCUAAGACUAAGGACAACAACUUGUUGGGUAAAUUCGAAUUAUCGGGUAUCCCACCAGCUCCAAGAGGUGUCCCACAAAUUGAAGUUACUUUUGAUAUCGAUGCUAAUGGUAUCUUGAACGUUUCUGCUUUGGAAAAGGGUACUGGUAAGACACAAAAGAUUACCAUCACCAACGAUAAAGGUAGAUUGUCCAAGGAAGAUAUCGAAAAGAUGGUUAACGAAGCUGAAAAAUUCAAGGAAGAAGAUGAAAAGGAAGCUGCUAGAGUCCAAGCCAAGAACCAAUUGGAAUCAUACGCUUACUCAUUGAAGAACAGUUUGUCUGAAGAGCAAUUCAAAUCUAAAUUGGAUGCUUCUGAAAUUGAAGAAGUUACCAAGGCUGCCGAAGAAACUAUUAGCUGGUUGGAUUCAAACCAAACUGCUACUCAAGAAGAAUAUGCUGAUCAACAAAAGGAAUUGGAAUCUAAAGCUAACCCAAUCAUGGCUAAGGCUUAUGGUGGUGCUGCUCCAGAUGGUGCUCCAGGCGCCGGUGGUUUCCCAGGUGGUGCUCCAGGUGGUGCUGCUCCAGAAGAAUCUGGUCCAACUGUUGAAGAAGUUGAUUAA